AUGGCCGCUGCAAGAAACGGCGGAGCUGCGCACGCAGCAAUAAGCACAAAUGGCAACGGGCAAGGUGUCGUGAGCAUGCUUCUCAGGCCGGUUCUUGUGCUCGCGUUUGCGCUGCUCCACCUGGUCUACCAAGUCAUCUUGCUUGCGCGUCAGACCAAGAUCGCGAUACAAAAGACGAUUCAAGCGGACGCAGUCGGUCCACCGGCAUCCUUCACGUGCCUCGAAGACCUGCUGGCUGCAUAUGAACGAUCGCCGGACUCGAUCCGCGUUCCGAACCACCUAGCCGUAGUCCUUGCCGACACCUCACCUUCGUCGAUACGACUGUAUCUAUCGACCGUGUUUCAGCGGAUUGGCCGGCGAGAAACCACGGCUCGGCACGACGAUAUCUGGUACGAGUUUCGCGCACAGUAUCAAGCAGCCGUCCAAGAAAAGAGGGCGAGCGAUGUGGCUGCGAUUGUGCAUCUCGCGAGGGUCAGUGGUGUACAGCAGCUCAGUGUGUACACGUCCGAGCCGCUCUCGCGGAGCGCGCUGCAGUCGAUGUGCAGGACGCUGCAGUCAGGAUACAAGACGAAAGUCGUGCUCGUGCAGCAGCAGCAUCAGCAGCAGCAGUCGCAGUCGCAGCAACAGGAAGCUGGGUCAGAAGAAGGCGGGCGAGGGAUAGCUGGCGGUGAUGACGCAGGGUCAUGGACGAGGUACGAUAGUUUAAGAAAGAGGGCCAACAGAUCGGCAGCGACAAAGAGCAGCGAAUCUUCAUCAACGAACUCGCCUGAGUCGACAGCAUCGAGCGACUCGGAAACAGGGCCUUGCUCAUUGGACGAAACGAUGGCUUCAUCGUACACUGCCGACAGUGAGGGACAGGAGGUUAGCGCUGCCACGGUCAACGUUUGCAUCGGAAUCGACGCAUCACGCCGCAGCGAUCGUACGAGGUUGGCACCCAACGCAUGCGGCUCGACACCAGUAUUGCAAGUAAGUCUCUUGAGCCGGCAAGACGGUCAGAAGCGAUUCCUCGACAUUGUCAGCUCGCUGAUUGAGCAACAAGCAACGUCGUACCUUUACACGGUGCUCAUGCCGGACAUGAAAGCGCACGCGAGCUCGGGCAAACGCUUCUCGUCGUCGUCUCUGCGCAAGUCAUGGAUGACGAAACGCGACAGUUUGACGGCCGAGCUGAGCGUAGCGGAGCUUGAUCGAAGUUUGCUCGAGGCUGGAUAUACGGAUGAGCCGGAUCUGCUCGUGGUGUUUGGAGAGCGCGCCGGAUUGAGGAAGCUGUACGGAUUUCCAGCGUGGCCGUUGCGGGUGACGGAUCUGUUUUUCGAUCCGGACACCAAUGCCAAGCGCGCGUAUGGUGCCAGCGACUUUGUGGCUGCAUUGACAAAGUUGGGCAAGAUGGAGCAGCGGUACGGACGAUAG